UAUAAACUGAUAGGUUAACUAGAAGUGCGGUGCUUAAAAUCGCUCGCAGCCGCAGUUUUUACCCUGGCUUAAGGCUUAACAUUGUUUCGACCGGUACUUAAAGAUCCAGGCGGCGCUUACCCCGCUUACCGGAGGAGAGAGGUGCCGGCCCCAGUUCGAACGAGCGACCGGAGAGGUAUGGGGGCGGAGUGCCGUUACGAAGUAGCGCAGCCUGCGUACAUAAAGCUGGUCCUCCAUGCCCUCAAGCACCGCUGCUAUCCCGUCGGCGGCCUCCUCGUCGGCCGCCUUUCCGACGCCGAUGCCUCCACCGUCCAGAUCGCCGAUGCCAUUCCCCUUACCCAUUCCCAGAUCGGCCUCCUCCCCUCCCUCGAGCUUGCCCUCAUCCAGGUAGAAGAACACUUCGGGGCUGAGGGUUUGAGUGUGGUGGGCUACUACCACGCGAACGAGAGGUACGAUGACGCCGAGCUUGGGAACGCUGCCAAGAAGAUCGGCGAUCAUAUUUUCAGAUACUUUCCCCGUGCCGCCUUGCUUUUGUUGGAGAAUAAGAGGCUGGAAGAGUUGCUGAAAGGGAAAGGGCGGGGUCUUGCAGUGCAGCUGUACACAAGGGAUUCAUCAAAAAGCUGGCGGCAAGCUGGAUCAGAUGAUAGCAGUCAGCUGCUGACUAUAAAAGAGCCCUCAGCCAACAUAGUAUUGUUGGAUUAUAUUACUUCUGAGAAAUGGCAAGACGUAGUCGAUUUUGAUGAUCAUCUUGAUGACAUUAGCAAAGAUUGGCUGAAUCCUGAUCUCUUCAAGUAAUUUGUUCGCUACUUGCUGGUAACGUCAUUACUGGGCUUAUUUAGUCAAUAUCUGUCAUUUUUCUGGUUGAAUUUUUCUUGCACUGCAAUUGAAAGCAUUCAAAAUGUUGGGCUAUUGUACCAGCCACGUAAAGUGGAUUGGAGUGCUUUGAUUGGAACAAGUAAGCUUUUGAUUGCUUCAAAACAUCAAGCAGAAGAGAAUUUCUAUCCUGUCGUUUAAAAGAACAGAUAGUUUGCAGGUCCUCUCUCCUUUCUUGGUUUUAACUUGCUUCAAGUAAUACAAUUUUAGAUAUGUUCGCAGUCUUGUAUAUGUAAUCUCUCUAGUUCCAGUUGUUUCCAGUUUAAUAUAUAGAAGCCUGGGGAUUUUAUUGGCCUUAUGCCAUCGUCAGAAUUUUGUAUCAUAUUUAUGGUUCUAAUUAUUUAAAUUCUUGUUUUCCCAA